CGUAAACUGUUAGAGCAUGAUCGACGACAGCGUCCAUUGCCUUCAACGCCAAAGAAUCUCACAAAACGCCUAGUCUCUCGAAUGUUGCUGGAAGGUCAUCGAUCGGUCAGUCUCUCUAGACAGUCUGAAAGUAGCACGACGGUUUCCACCGUUCUUGGAGUGACGGAAACACAACAGAGAGACCAUUUUUGGGAACGUGAUUGCGUAGAUAUAAAGGAUACGUGAAUGAGAGUAGCAGACAAUUUACUGCAGAGACCGAGGAGAGAAGAGACUUGCAGACUCUUUUGGAUCUGAACACUUGUUAGCAACAAGAAUGACUUUUCUCAAGUUUAUUGCAUUUUGUACUUUAUUUCUGGAUUUGAUCUUUACGGUCACGGUCAGUGGACAGUCAGUAAGUCAGAGCAAAGCCCACAGCAGUCCCAUCUGCAGUCGUGGUCCACCCGGACUGCCCGGAAGAGACGGUCUCCAUGGUCGUGAUGGAAUUCGCGGUAAUCCUGGAAUUCCUGGCAUUCCUGGAAGGGCUAUUUCAUCCGGCAGCACAAGUUCAGUGGGUCCAAAAGGAGAGAAAGGAAGCGUUGGACCAGCUGGAACCAAAGGGGCUAGAGGAGAACCUGGAACACGUUAGUUUAUUGCAUUGGUUACAUAGUACGCUGUCUUUACUAAGCUUAACUAAUUAACUACGUAUAAACAAGCAAUUAAUUAAGUGAGUAUGUUGUAUUUUGUUUUCUACAGCUGCUCGUGGUCC